AUGAAGUUGGGCUCCAAACGGACGGAGAAACCUACCGCAACCUUACAGGGAACGCCGAGCCCCAGCAUACAUGUGCCCGAUGACGUCUUCGCCCCCGAUUUCAUCUGGAGAGGCUCCUAUGAGUAUAAGAGUCAGAAACAACCGAUGACUUUGACAAUCACUAGUUUCAACAGCAGCACGGGAAUAGUGAACGUGACGCUAAGCGACAGCAACAUGGAAUUCCUGCUGUCUGGAGUGUAUAAGAACCGCGAGGCCAGGUUAAUGCUCCUGCUGUACCAUAUGAAAGCCCUGGCCCACAGCACGUAUAGCCGGGUUACCGAGGAGACCUGGGCUAUGGAUGGUUUUGUCUCAGCUGAGCCUGACGGUGGCAGUUAUGUAUUCCAAGGCUUCAUACAGGGGAAAGACUAUGGACAGUUCGGGCUGCAGAGACUAGGUAGGUAGGAUUUACAACGAGGCUUCAUACAGGGGGAAGACUAUGGACAGUUCGGGCUGCAGAGACUAGGUAGGUAGGAUUUACAACGAGGCUUCAUACAGGGGAAAGACUAUGGACAGUUCGGGCUGCAGAGACUAGGUAGGUAGGAUUUACAACGAGGCUUCAUACAGGGGAAAGACUAUGGACAGUUCGGGCUGCAGAGACUAGGUAGGUAGGAUUUACAACGAGGCUUCAUACAGGGGGAAGACUAUGGACCGUUCGGGCUGCAGAGACUAGGUAGGUAGGAUUUAGAACGAGGCUUCAUACAGGGGGAAGACUAUGGACAGUUUGGGCUGCAGAGACUAGGUAGGUAGGAUUUACAACGAGGCUUCAUACAGGGGGAAGACUAUGGACCGUUUGGGCUGCAGAGACUAGGUAGGUAGGAUUUAGAACUACUCGAUCUUAUCACAACAAUUACACAUUUGACGAUUGUAACCACCAACAUUGUGUUGUCAUCCUCUUCCUCUUCUUCCUCCUCCUCUUCCUCCUCUGUCUCUUCCUCUUCUUCCUCCUCUUCUUCCUCCUCCUCUUCCUCCUCUUCCUCCUCCUCCUCCUCCCUCCUCCUCUUCCUCCUCUGUCUCUUCCUCUUCUUCCUCCUCUUCUUCCUCCUCCUCUUCCUCCUCUUCUUCCUCCUCUUCCUCCUCCUCCUC